UCCAAACUUAAAUUCAGUAAUCAAAAUGAUAAGAAGCGUGGUGGUAUUGUUAUUGAUAUCAAAUAUUGUGUCAGUGCGAAAUACAUUACGAAAAGAUCCAGCCUAUUGGAACAAACUAGCUGCCGAUGAACUAGAUGAAGCAUUAAAAUUAAAAUGGAAUCAAAACACUGCGAGGAAUGUGAUACUGUUCAUUGGGGAUGGGAUGGGUCCGAACACUGUUACCGCUACAAGGAUAUACAAGGGAGGCGAAACCCAUAAGCUUUCAUACGAGAAGUUUCCACACAUUGGAUUGCUAAAAACAUAUUCCGCAAACAAAAUGGUACCGGAUUCGGCCAGCACAGCCACCGCUUUGCUCUGUGGUGUCAAAGUGAACCAGAACACAAUAGGAGUAGAUGCUUCAGUGAACCACAACGACUGCGUAGCAUCCCUCGAUAAUAGCACUAAACUGGAAUCGCUGGCGACUUUAGCGCUGAAAGCAGGAAAAAGUGCUGGUUUUGUGACAACAAUGCGUGUGACCCACGGUACACCUGGACCGAUGUACGCACACAGCGCGGCUCGAGAAUGGGAGUGUGACGCGAAUAUGGAGGAUGAAGCGAAGGCCUGCAAGGAUAUAGCAAGACAACUGGUGGAAGACUGGCCGGGAAGAGAUCUUCAAGUAAUAAUGGGCGGUGGAAGGCAGAGUUUGAUGCAGAAUGUCACCGAAACCUCCUCAGACCCCAUGAACAGCUGGACCUGUUCCAGAAGAGAUGGACGUGACCUCAUCAAGGUAUACAAAAAGGACAAAGAAGAUAGGAAACUUAAAUACAGUGUUCUAUCCAAUAACAGAGACCUGAAAAACCUGGACGUGGCCGAGACUGAUUACGUGUUAGGAAUAUUCGCAAACGAGCACUUGCGAUAUGAAAGCCAGAGAGACAAAGGUCCGGAGGGAAUGCCAUCUAUCAGCGACAUGGUGGAAGCGGCUAUAAAAGUAUUACGGAAGAAUAACAAUGGAUACUUUUUAAUGGUGGAGGGCGGUAACAUAGAUAUGGCACACCACAGAGGACGCGCAAAGCUAGCUGUCAACGAGUCGUCCGCCAUGGAUGAAGCUGUCAAGAAAGCUUUGGAAAUUACAAAUGAAGAAGAAACGUUGAUAGUUGUUACUAGUGAUCACUCACACACUUUGACGAUCAACGGCUACCAGGACAGAGGCGGCAAUAUAUUUGGUACAACAGGCCCAUCCAAAUACGACGGUCUUAACUACACGGUUAUCUCUUACGGCACGGGCGGGCCGGGUUCAUUCAAACAUUCAAUGACAACCAUCGACAAUGUCACUCGCGUCGUCAGAAGAGAUCCGUCAGCUGUCAAUACGGAUGACAUGCUGUACGAACAGAUCGCGGCCAUAACGUUGGAAGAGAACAAACACGGCGGAAAUGACGUCACAGUUUACGCUAAAGGGCCAUUCUCUCACCUCUUCCACAACGUUCACGAGCAACAUUACGUAUUCCACGCCAUAUCCUACGCGGCCAAGCUCGGGGUAUAUUCGUCGGGUGACAGUAUAAGACACAGUGUUGCCAUAAUAGCUGUUGUAUUAUUACCAUUACUGAAAUUGUUGUAAUAUCUUAACACGCGCACGAAAGAUAGAUAUGGUUGUAUUUAAAAAGCAUUUAAAUUAAAUCAUGUAAAUCUUAUUUAUAAGACGCUAUAACGAGGCCAUGUAUUAUUGUAGUUUUUAUCGAUUUAGAAAUGUUAAAUAUUGUUAGUAUUAAUUCAGCAAUAGUAUAAUAAAUAAAGAAUUUUGUUGUUAA